AUGCCAGUAACGUUGUGGACGGGCGUCUUCGUCGCCCUUACGAGCGUAUACAUUUUCUUCUCAUUCUUUACUCGCAAGAGCAAGCAUCUGCCUUUACCUCCCGGUCCCCGACGAAAGCCUAUUGUGGGUAAUCUCUGGGAUCUGCCCGACCCAAGUCAGCAAGAUUGGCAGCACUGGCUGAAGCACAAGGAUCGCUAUGGCCCAAUCAGUUCCCUCAGCAUCAUGGGCCAAACCAUCAUCGUCUUGAACGAUGCCCGACUAGCGGUGGAACUACUCGAGUCACGAUCGUCGAUCCACUCCUCGCGUCCACAGCAACACUUCGCAGAGAUGGCGGGCUGGAACAACGUCCUCGGAGCGGUGAAGCAGCCUCAGCGCAUCCGAGCAACGCGCAAGAACCUGCAUAGGGAGAUCGGAUCCAACAAUUCGGUCGCUCGAUUCAAUGAGAUCCAGAUAGCGGAAGUGGGUCGGUUUCUACUGAGGGUACUGGAUGCGCCGGACAAGUUGAUGCAGCAUAUACGCAAAGAGGCGGGCGCAAUCAUCCUAAAAGUAGGAUACGGAUAUACCAUCGAACCGCAUGAUCAAGACCCGUUGGUUGAUCUGGCCGACAAGGCGAUGGAGGAUUUCUCGAUGGCCAUGCUUCCAGCCACAUGGGCAGUGGACUUUUUCCCACCCCUGAAGUAUCUUCCAACCUGGUUCCCAGGUACAGAGUUCAUGAAGAUCGCACAACGCUAUCGAAAGAAUGUCACGGCAUUCAGCGAUAUCCCUUAUGCAUUCGUGAAGGAACAGAUGCGUACAGGCCGCUUCGUACCGUCUUUUCUCUCCAACCUUCUUGAGAGCAGUGCUUUCGAGCCCGGAUCCGAAGAAGAGAACACUGUCAAGUGGUCUGCUGGAUCGCUCUAUGCUGGGGGAGCUGAUACGACCGUCUCCUCCAUAGCCAGCUUCUUCCUCGCAAUGGCUCUCUUCCCCGAAGUGCAGCGCAAGGCACAGGAGGAAAUCGACACCGUGAUUGGAACAGACCGACUGCCGCAGUACGGAGACCGGGAACAACUACCUUACAUCAACACCUUAGUCAAAGAGACGCUCAGAUGGCAUCCAGUCGUACCUAUGAACGUUGCCCAUACCUCAACCGAGGAUGAUGUCUGCGAGGGAUACUUCAUUCCCAAGGGAUCGUCAAUCCUUGCCAAUAUAUGGGGUUUCACUCACGACCCAGCCGCCUACCACGACCCCAUGACAUUCAAACCCGAACGGUUCCUGGGCCCAAACCCAGAGCGAGAUCCCCACUUCCUUGUCUUCGGAUUCGGUCGUCGUGUCUGUCCGGGGAAGACUCUAGCUGAUGUAAAUGUGUAUUUCACCAUUGCCCAAGCUCUCGCUGUCUUUGAGAUCUCAAAGCCAGUGGAGAAUGGGGAAGUCAAGGAUAUUCGACCGCAGUUUCUGCCCGGUGUCAUCAGUCACCCAGCGCCGUUUAAUGUGUCUAUUCGGCCGAGGAGUGCGAAGCAUUUGGAAAUGCUUCGGUCAUUGGAGAAGAAGUAUCCUUGGGAGAAGAGUAAUGCGGAGGAUUUGGGGAAUGUGCAAUAUUAG